ACGUAACUGUCUCAUAAAGUAUAAUGUAAACAUUUGUUUGAUUGAUACGUGUUGAAUUUCGAUCCAGAACAACUGUAUACCUACACUCAACAGAACCCAAACAUCAACCGAAGAUGAGCUUCACCUUCUGCUUCAUCUCCAUGAUUAUAAUUUCUAAAACGUGUGGUGAAAACAGCGGGGAAAUAUAUACUGAAGCAGAAGACCCUACAUUCUCCCCAAUAGAAACAACAAUUAAUCAUAGAACAACAUCUACAAAUUCUGUAUUAAUUUCCCGCAUAACUGAGUCGUUAGCAGCGACUACACUAACUACACCCCCACCGGAAACAACAGUAACUAACAAGACUACCAAUUCAAGUUUAGGAACUACAUUGCAGACUACGAAAACCCCUCAUACAAGUAUAGAAACUACGGAAAUUCCUUCAACAACACCAACAACAACCCUUCCUGGAACGACAACACCGUAUGCCAUUUCUGUUGAUUACAAUGAAGAAUGCAAGAAGAUCUUUCCAUGGUCAGCUCACGUAGAUUAUUAUAAGCCAUUGUACAGUGUACCGUGUCAUUUUUACUGUCGAGUGGAUCAAGUAAAGAAGUACGAACCACACCAAAGCCCAGAUUUUGUAGCCUGCGAAGGAAAUAAAAGAUGUCUGAGAGGAAACUGUGUUAAGACUCCAAGUCCUGAAGAAGAUCACUAUUGCAGAUUAAUGAUGCCAAGAAGAAGAGUUUUGGCAAUAAGAGACAUAUAUUUAUGCAAAAUGCUGUGUUAUGAUUUGGAUUAUUUAUAUGUUUAUGAAGUUCGUGUAAGAAAUGGUUCAGCAUGUAGACUUGUUAAUAAAAAAGAAGGUGUAUGUAAUGAUGGCGAAUGUGAAGCAGUGGAAUAUAGGAAAUGCCCAUAAAAAAGUCUUUUAUGAAUGAUUUCAUAUCAAUUUAUAAACUAAAUAAAAUGUAUAAUAGAACCUCUUAACAACGGCCACCUCCGAAUAAUGUCAUUAAUGUCCGUUGUUAAGAGGUUUGGCUGUAUUUUAAAAUAUUAAAAAUCGUAUAUAAAACAUUAUAGAAGAACUUAA